CGAAGGAGUGACGCAUAGAGAACUAGUUACAUGCCUGAAAAGAUACUCAGGAGUUUAGCUAGCUGGUUUAACCUAGAUGCCUUUUGUCUUAAACAUUUGGUUGGAAAAAUGGCAUCCACUUAUGAAUUCUUCAUGGAAUCCAAUUCCUUAUCCUCACUGUGGUCGGAAAACAACAGCGGGAGUUGGGGAGUGUUGUUCACUAUCUCCGCAAUUUUUGCAGCAAUUGUUUACGCAUGGAGUUGCCUGAAGAGUAGCAGAAUCUCGCCGCCGUUGCCUCCCGGUCCACGCGGCCUCCCGCUGGUUGGUAAUCUUCUGUCCGUUGACCCACAGCUCCACACCUACUUUGCGGGCCUAUCCAAAACUUACGGCCCAAUCUAUAAGCUCCGACUGGGUACCAGGCUCUGUGUCGUAAUAGCCUCCCCUUCCGCCGCUCGAGAGGUGCUCAAGGAGAAUGACCUCACGUUCUCCAGUCGCGGCGUCAAUUGUGCAGCUGGGGAUGUAGCACUCUACGGCGGGGCAGGUAUAGUUUGUACCCCGUACGGGCCGGAGUGGCGAAUGUUGAGGAAAGUGUGCGUGCUCAAGAUGCUUAGCAACACCGCCUUGGACUCGGUUCACCAACUGCGCCACUCGCAGGUCCGAAAAGCUGUGCGUUACUUCUAUAGUCAGGUUGGAUCGCCCGUCAACAUUGGUGAGCAACUUUUCGUUGCCACGCUCAACCUUACCACCAACAUGUUAUGGGGUGGCACCAUGCUGGAGGAGGAGGCUGGGGCUGAGGUUUUGGCGGAGUUUAGGGAAGCGAUGGUCGACAUCGCGGUGCUUUCUGGGAAGCCUAAUAUUUCGGAGCUUUAUCCGUUUUUGACCAGGUUUGAUGUGCAAGGCAUAAGGAAGCAGAUGAAGGCUGUGGAGCUCAAGUUUGAUAGCAUUUUUGAGAAAGUUAUUGAACAACGGUUGAAAAUGGACAAACAAGGCGCGCAAGAGAGCAAGGAUUUUUUGACAUUUAUGUUGCGAUAUAAAGAUGAAGGAGGAGAUGCCAAAACUCCUCUCACCAUGACACAUCUCAAAGCCUUGCUCUUGGAUAUGGUUGUGGGUGGGAGUGACACAUCCUCCAACACAAUUGAGUUUGCAAUGGCUGAAAUGAUGAACAAACCAGUAGUGUUAGAGAAAGCCCAGAGAGAAUUAGAUGCUGUAGUUGGGAAAGACAGUAUCGUACAAGAGUCUCAUAUUCACAGACUACCAUACUUGGAAGCUGUGAUGAAAGAAACUCUACGCUUGCACCCAGCCCUGCCUCUAAUGCUCCCACAUUGCCCAAGUGAAACAUGCAUUGUGGGAGGUUAUACCAUUCCAAAGGGGUCUAAGGUUUUUGUUAAUGUGUGGGAUAUCCACAGAGACCCUUCUAACUGGGAAGACCCAUUAGAGUUUAAUCCAGAGAGGUUCUUGAAUGGUAAAUAUGACUUCACUGGAAGCAACUUCAACUACUUUCCAUUUGGGAGUGGAAAAAGAAUAUGUCCAGGGACAGCAACGGCAGAGAGGCUUGUCAUGCAUUUACUUGCAUCACUGUUGCAUUCUUUUGACUGGAAACUACCACAAGGAGAGACUAAGGUGGAUUCUUCCGAAAAGUUUGGGAUGGUGAUGAUGAAGAAGGUACCUAUGGUUGCCAUCCCAACUCCAAGGUUAUUGGAUUCAGAGCUUUAUCAGUAAGAUGCCUACAAGCUAGCUAUCUGAGUCUCUUAGGUUGUAAACCAUAUGCGCGCUCAUGUUAUAUAUUAUUGUGUAUCUAUGAUCUUUGUGUAUUUGAUUCCUUGUUGCAUGAGGGAAAUAUGUAUAUGUGAACCAGUACUUCUCUUAGGUGAAGUUACGUACAAGGUCUAGCUAAGUUUUGGUGAUGUAAAAGAUCAAAACUUUCUCUUACAAUCAAAAUU